CGAACGCAAUGAUGGACGGGUGUUCUCGUCAGUCCGGGAAAACUGCUCAAAAUGGACGGCCAGAAACGUAAGAUGGUGAAAUCUUUUUGAGCAGUGAUGGCCGCUAAAAUCUACGGUCACACGGCGGCACGUGCGGGAAACCUGUGAAUUUACAGGGACGAAAAACGCGAGACAGGUGGAAAGGAAGGGAGGGAGAGUGGAGACAGCGACACCCUUUCUUUGGUGUCUCCGCCCACCGACCCUCGAACUUUUCUCACCUCAAAACCCCACUCCACGCAAGAAUCCUGACAUUUCCCGAUCCUUUUCUUGUGCAAUUGGACCCCUCCGUUUUGGAAAAUUCCAGUCCAUGAUCUGUUAAAAUGGCCGGAGUUGCGAAUUUCCGGACGUGCGGAUGUCCGCAGAAGCCUCUUCUGGCUGCAGAGAGGGGAUCGGGCCUUUCUUCUGUCGGUUCCGUCGGUCGGAGAUCGACGGUCAGGAUUUUACGGCCUUUUGAGGAUGAGGCAUUUUGCGUUGGGAGAUUAGCUCCAGGUCACUUGAAGAAGGCAUCUCUCAAGGUUGCCAGGCCAAGAUCCUGUAUACACAUGGCUUUAGUUGACGAGAGACAUGCUCUUGGCCGAGAUGUUGCCAAGCCUUCAGGAAUCCUGGCAUAUGACCUGGUUCAAGGAGCCCUUGUUAGAUGGAGCUCUGUUAUGGACAAAUCAAUACCUGAUCCCCCAACCGCUGUUCUUCUUCAUGGCAUUCUUGGUAGCAGGAAGAACUGGGGAUCCUUUGCUAGGAGAUUGGCGCAAGAAUUUCCUAUGUGGCAGUUCCUCUUGGUAGAUUUACGUUGCCAUGGUGACUCCGCAUUGGUUGAGAAGAGUGCCCCUCACACUGUUGCAUCAGCUGCUCUUGACAUCUUAAAGCUAGUGGCAAGACUUAGAGUAACUCCCCGAGUGUUAGUGGGUCACAGCUUUGGAGGCAAAGUUGCCUUGAGCAUGGUUGAACAAGCUGCAAAACCUCUUGCACGGCCUGUUAAGGUUUGGGUUCUGGAUGCAACUCCUGGGAAAGUCCGUCCUGGUGGAGAUGGGGAGGAUCAUCCUGCUGAACUAAUUGCUUUCCUAAGUACAAUGCCUAAGCAGGUUUCUUCUAAACGUGAAGUUGUUCGGGCUCUCAUUCAAGAGGGUUUCUCGAAAGAUGUAGCACAGUGGGUGGUCACAAAUCUUCGUCAGACUGGCCCGUCAUCAAGCUUCUCAUGGGGUUUUGACCUCAAGGGCAUUGCUGAGAUGUACAAAUCCUAUGAAGAAACAAAUUUAUGGAAAAUUGUGGAGGAUGUGCCUCGAGGUGUUCAUGUGAAUUUCUUGAAAGCUGAGAGAAGCUUGCACCGUUGGGCCCUUGAAGAUCUUCAGAGGAUUCAUGCUGCAGAGCAGCUGGCUGCAGAUGAGGGGGCUGGGGUUCAAAUGCAUGUUCUUGAAGAUGCUGGACAUUGGGUGCAUGCUGACAACCCGGAUGGGCUCUUUCGGAUACUCUCAUCUUCCUUCCAAGGGUUUAAAUCAUAGCUGUGAUUUGAUGCCCCAUUGUAUUUAGUCUACUUCUUCAUAGGUUUGUUCCUUGAUAGAAAUUCUUUUCUUGUAUCAAGUUGCCACACGUUUGACUUCACUGUUUGCCAUUGUCAGCCAUUUAUUCAUUUAUUAAUAUGUGCACACUGCAGAGACAUGCAGUGCAUGCUACAAGUUUUGUUGAAAUUGGAUGACGAAUUUUGAUGACCAAGUCAAAUUGCCUGCAGUCAAAAUUUUCUGGCCA